UUCUAGGGUUUCAGAAUAGUAGCGGCGGAGGGAGGCAAGAUGAAGACGACUAGAGGGAAAGGAUCUCGACAUCUCGUCACGGAGGAGACCAGAAAAGCGAAGCCCAAGGCUGGCACUUCCCUUUCCCGAGCCGCCGUCACUUCCCUUUCCCGAGCCGCUCAAUCGGCCAAAGCAUGCCCAGUCUCCGACGCCACCCACCGCGAUCCUCGCUGCCUCAGCGCCAUCAUCUUCGGCCUCGCCCUCGACGGUCGCCCGCUGGAAGCUCUUCGCCUCUUCAAAUGGUUCCAGACCUCCGCCCUCGACCCCGACGAGUUCACCCUCUCCAAUGCGCUCUCGCUCUCCGCCAAUCUCAGCGCGCUGGACCAGGGAAGGCAGAUCCAAGCUCUCGUCUUCAAGAAGAAUCUACCCAUGGACGUCGCCGCCACCAACUCGCUCAUCAAUCUCUACUUCAAGUGCGGCAGCAUCGCCGACGCGGAGAAGGUGUUUGACGGUAUGCUUCUGAGAGACGUCUACACUUGGAACAAUAGAAACAAAACGUCAUCUAAAACACUCCCUAGAUUCCAAAAACUCUACUCGAGAAGACAACUCCUCUCUACAAGUUCUUGUUCUCCAAGAUUCAUUGCACGUCAUGCAUGCUGUGCACAGGUGUCAUACUCAUUUGGGCACAUGAUGUUCUGCUCAAUAUUGAGAAAUACCAUACCAAGCAAUUCUCAGAAGAAAUCAUAUUAA